AUGUCUGCAGCUCAUCGCAUCAGUCAGAGAGUGCAAUCGCGCAUCAAGAAUGCUUCUCUCGACUGGGACCCCACGCUGGCGGGCCAGACGUCCGAGCUGAUUACACGACUGCAAAAGAUUCGCGCUCGUUCUACAGCCACAACGCAGGGAACGUUCAUCACAUCAUCACACGCCUCUCACUCAUGUAAACGACCUCGUCAUGGCCACAAUCCGGAUAGUCGAGUCUCUGCCAACGACGAGCUUCAUUGGCAAGCUAAUCUCCUCACAUGGACACGGGGCAGUACGCUCAUGCGCACUUUCUCCUUCUCUAGUCCAGUGUUGCAAGCCUUCUGGACCCUCUUCCAUGUCAGCUCUACGGACGAUAUUCAGAUGGCACCUGGAAAGACACGCUCCGAUCGCCAAUCACAUCCAUUAGCGAGAGCGCUAUGCGUCUUUUUCGAGCUGGCGAUUCACAUCCACUUCCCAGGUCUCGGAGAACAAGUAGACAUGGAUCUCCCCUUCCGCUUCGCCAUAGCCUUUCCUGCGCCUGUCGGCUUUCUCGUUCAGCGUCAGAUUGAGUCCGAGGACGAAAGAAUCGCAUCUAGACUACAGCAGCCUUCGGCGUCUUCCUCGUUGCCGACGUCGACCUCCUACGUCGGCUAUCCUUUUCCAGACCUCGGUAACACCACCGACUCGAGCUACACUCUCUCUCACCUGCUCGACGAAACCGAUCACGCAUCGACUUCACAGCUUCACGAGGAUUCCACACGGCUGCUGCCUAUGGUCUUCUAUCUUUCGCGAUGCUAUGAUGAUCUCGUGCCUGUUGACCGCUUCCCACAGCUCUCCUUCUCUUCCCGUCCUCUGAUUGACCCCAAACCAAUGACACAUGGCCCAGCUUCGCCGUUCGGUGAGAUCGACGAAACCGUCGUCUACGUAUCCACCGAUAGUGACGAUCAUUCUCCGUCAAUCGUCGUCACCACGAGCCAAACAAGUUCUGCUAUUCGCAUCUAUGCCUUUGCGGCCAGACCUAGCGCAUUUGAAGCCACAGCAACGCUUCUCUCCACACCUUGCAUCCACUCCACGCUCAGCUCUGCUACUGCCAAUGGCAAGGCUAGCGCUACUGAUGUCCAGAUUCCGGCCUCAACAAGCGAAGGCGACGAAGGCCAUCAGGCUUCAGCAAAUGGUCAUUACAAUAUGACGGACACGCCAGCCGCCUCCAUGGCACCAAGUAGUACAGCUUUGGGUCGAGGCUACCCCACUAACGUUCGGAGAAGUGCACGCGUAGACCUCGAGCGACGCACCAGUGGUAUGACUACAGCAGGGAUGGGAAGGGAUCCCAGCGGUCGAAGUCGUCGGAUCAGCGCUAUGCACUCGGGUACUGCCGAUCGUAGAUCUACGGGACGCAAGGACGACCAAGCGAGUCAGGGUCGAGAUCGCACCCUCGGCAACAUCUCACACACCGCAGAUGGUCUGCGUCUGCAGUCGCAAGCUUAUCAGCAUGAGGCCAUGAUGGAGGAGCUCGGUGCAGCUGGUACAAGCAUGCGCAUCUCCACCAACAACCCUGCUUCAGCGGCACGUAUCCGCCAUAGCUCGCAGGCUGCUGCUCGCACACCGUACGGCGGUCCUCGCAUAUCGAAUCGCACAGCGUCGUCCGCGAUCAAGAAUCGGCCUUCCAUGAAUCUGCCUCGCUUGGACACAAGUAUCGACACGGGUCGUCUCACAUCUGGCCUGGUCACUGGUGCUGGGGAAGGCGUUCGCGCAGAUGCGAUGGACACAGACAACGGCCUCAUCGAGGACGACAAUGUCGACCUGGUUCGCCUCGCCGAUAUGGACAGCUUUGCCCGCAGCUUCGCCUCCGUCUGUCUUCUCGAUGAGAUCAAGGUGCCGGGGAUAGCGACCAAUUUGGACGCUGCCACUGUACAUGUGCAAAGCGCUUCGUUCGCACGUGUUGAUUCCGAUGCAACGUACGUCUUCCUAUCGGUGCCUUCCACAAACCAGACCUUCACACGUCGCCUGGGCUAUCAACGACUCGGGUCAGCAGCAAGGUCAAGGCAUCUGCCUUUCUGCAAAUCGCCGAGUAAGCUACAGGCCUUUGACGUGAUCCCCACCUCCAAUCUUGCUCCGGUCCGAUCCCUGUCUUCAGACUCAACAGAGGUGGUUACUGUGUCUCCUGAAGGGGUGUAUAAGCUCCAUCUCGGUCCUCCUUCUGCAAGCUUACCGGCGCUCGACGUAAGCGACUUCGAGCCGCUUGUCACAAAGUUGAAGCGGCUUCCCGACGGUGCUACUCCUUAUGCGAUGGAGCCGGUCAAUGGAACGGUCGGCAGCACUGUUCAGAUCAAAUCCUUGACAUCCUCGGAGCGCACCCUCGUCGACAUAGAUCUGCGACCAAAGUGCUCGACCACCGCACGAGUCCUGACCGCCUUCAGGCAGGUGCUCCCACACAAACUGCAUGCGAACAUCACCUCCCAGUGGAUCCGGGCACGCUUUCUCUCAGAGAGCAAACCACUUCGCCAGUCUGAACAAGCGGCGGCCGAUCGUGACUGGUCUGCUCUGCUCGACGUCUUCCGCUCGCAACGCCCUAGCUUGACACACGACCCGGAGGAUGUUCAGUCUGGAUCGACAGCAAGUAGCUUGGCUCAUCUUCUAUUUGGUGAUGAUCCGCUCAUGGCCUGCCUCGCACCUCUGCAAGCUGCACAGCCAGCCGGUCACAGAGCUGAGGCAACAGAUGCAAUCACAGAAACAUUAGAAGCAGCAGAAGCACAUCAAGCCGCGUCGGUGCUCUACCUUCUUGCCGAAGAGACGUGCCUCGACUCGUCAAAUUCGCACGAUAAGGCAAGUAAGAUCGCCCAACUGGCUGUAUCUCUAGCUCAUCAGCAUAGCGCUGAAGCCUGGAUCGACUCUCUUUCUCGACGGUUCUCGGUCGGCAACGCUGAGCAUGAGAGCAAGCCCGAAUCAUUUCAAACAAAGUCAAUCAGCGCAACGGGCUUCGAGUCGCCUCCGAAGGACCUGUAUCAAGUGCUUACCAGCAAGCUCUCGGGAAGCGCCGAGAAGAUGGUGACGCUCCGAGGUUGGCUCGAUCUCAAGGAGGACGGCACGUCGAUGGCGUCAAGCGAUGCCGCGAAAGCAUUCCCAGUGAUCAAUGCGCUCCUGCAGACGUAUGCUGUCUUUGCUCGCGCAGAUCUUGGUCAUCAACACCUUUCGACCUCUGUUGUCGAGGCGAUGAUUAGUCAUGGCCUGGACCUGGAAAGGUUAAGGAGGCUGCCUUUCGGAGUAGCAUUGCCUCUAUACCAAGCACUGAGGUGCUGUCAGAUCAACCCCCCGAGUGGUAAGAGUGCUGACUUCUACCGGAUCGUUCAACGCGCCGAAGUCGUGAUGAAUACUUCUAUGCAACGAAGCUCGUUGAGCACCGCCAGUGCUCGCCAAAUUCCCACGCAGCUUGUCCGCACACUGCCGGAAGAUGCAUCACUUGACGCCAUCUGUGCUCAAUUGUUCAGCCGCGAUUUCCGACUUCGCGACGUCGUAGCGAUGCUGAGGACGGACACGGUCAACUCAGUCUACGUAGCCGAAGGCGAGAACCAGACGGAAGCUUCCAUCACCGAACAGCACAAUGCCGCCGUGGCUGCCAUAGGUGAGCGCACCAAGGCCCUUUCACCGGGUCGAGCAAUGCUUUUCAUGACGUCGCGGUCCUUCACGCCGACUCAGAAAUGGCGAAUCUCUUCUCUCUGCUUGGCAGUAAAAGUGCGCCCACGAGGCACAACCAUCGAGCCCGACAACAAGGCUGACACGGCUGGACUCGAUUGGCCCGAGUUCCACAACGGCGUUGCCUCGGUCCUUGAGCUCAACUUGAUGGGAGGGAUGCAUAUCGACUCGAAGUGGAUCUUUGCGCACCUCGGCGAACAGGUGACUGCACGCCAUGCUGGCUUCUUGUACGGCCUGGGUCUGAUGAGGCAACUGCCCACAUUGACGCCGGUCCAUGUCUUCCGAUAUCUCAAGAUGCGCAACAAUCUGCUCACCAUUGGCUUCCUGCUUGGAAUGGCUGUCUCCACCGUCGGCACCGCCGAUCCGACAGCGCGGCACCUUAUCGGCAUGCAGCUCACCGCAUUCUUGCCGCCGGGCUCUGCUCCACUCAACCUGUCUACUAUCACACAGACAGCUGGGCUUCUCGCCAUGGGACUCGUAUUCCUUGGCAGCAACCAUCGUUGGACGGCCAAGCGGAUGCUUGACCAGAUCGGUGCUCAAGAGUGCCCCGUCCCUAACAUUCAGCCGCAGCACCGUGAGGCCUAUUCCUUGUCUGCAGGACUCGCGCUGGGUCUAGUCUACCUGGGCAAAGGCCGAAGCGACGGGAUGAAGAGCUUACCGGAUAAGCGCAUUAUUGCACGUUUGGCACAUCUGAUCAAGGGGAGCGGCGACGCCAACGAUGACGUCUCGCUUUCGGGCAAGGUCUCCAUGGGUGAAGGCGUCAAAGUUGGGCACGAGAUCAACCUGACCUCAGGACCGGCUGCCCUUGCAUUUGGUCUGAUCUAUCUGCGCUCAAACAACAACAUGAUCGCAGACGUGACGGGACCUCCGCAGACACAAGGCGAGCUCGACAUGCUUCGACCUGAUGUCCUCUUUGCUCACGUCCUUGCACGCUCACUCAUACUGUGGGACUCAAUAGAGCCUACGAGAGAAUGGCUUGAGGGAGUCCUGCCCGAAUGGAUGCAGAAGCGCAUCAAGACCGGAAAGCCGCUGCCUGAAGCAGCUCAGUUGGCACAGAUAAAUAUGCAAGCCGGGGCGUGCUUUGCUAUCGGACUCAAGUACGCAGGCUCGAAAGAUCAGACGGCGCGAGACCGCCUUUGGAUGCAGCUCGACACUCUUGAAAAGCAAGUCAAAGUGCAGACCGUGUCCUUCUUCUCCAAGAUUCGCAGGGCAGCCGUUCGUGCAGCCCUUGAUCAGGUGAGGAUCUCGCUUGCCAUGGUGAUGGCUGGAAGCGGAGAUGUGGAUUUGCUCAGGCACCUGCGCAGAGCACAUGGCGAUGUCGAUGCUGAGACUUGUUACGGUAGUCACAUGGUGACACACAUGGCAUUGGGCUUGCUCUUCCUCGGUGGAGGUCGCUUCACUCUCGGCACCUCGGAUCUAGGCGUCGCUGCGCUCUUGAUCUCCUUCCUGCCACCGUUCCCUCGGUCGAGUGGAGACAAUCGUGCUCAUUUGCAAGCCUUCCGCCAUCUGUGGUACUUCGCCAUCGAGCCGAGGCUGCUAGUCGCUACCGAUAUCGACACAAACCAGCUAGUCAGCUUGCCAGUCAAGAUUGCAGCGGCAGCAGAGACCACCGCAAGCGAUGCCCCAGCAUUCACACCGCUUCUUCUACCCAACCAGCGCUUGGUUGGGCCGAUCGAAAGCGCAACGUUUCGAUACUGGCCGGCUAGUAUUGACAGCAAGUCAGUGGGUGCUAGAUCCGGGGCGUCGGGAUCGGCAGCGUUGGUGGCGAAGGCUUCAUCCUCGACGGCUUCGCAGAUCCUGUUCGUCAAACGCAAGACGGCUCAUCUGGACUAUUUGGCCGAUCCGCACGCCAGUCGAAGCUUGUCGACGCGAGCACAAGAGACUGCUCCGAUGGACGUGUCUUCUGAUGCAACUGCGGUGGUAGGUCCGGGAUCUGCUGAGCUUCAAGAGGCGAUGCGUGGGUUUGCAGCUACCGGAAAGCAUCGAGAGCUGGUGCGAAGCUUGUCGCAAGUAUCGACACAAGCACGCCCUGAAGGUGCUGGACGGGGUGAUGCGGUGGUCCCUCUGCUACGCACUGUGGUGAUGGAGUGUCUGACCAUGGACAAGACCUACAUGCUACCAACGUAUGCACAGAUUGCUCAUCUCGAGCAGCUGGGACAGAAAGACACGAGAGCAUGGUUGAGACACUAUCGAGACCUCCGCUUCGCUGACGAGUUCUAUCGACAUCACUACAAGCGGCUCUUCUCAGACGACAUGACCGGUGACACAGGCAACCAACCGCAGCUGUUGGUGCAGCCUGGCCUGCUCGCGAUACUGCGACUGAGGGCUCAGCAACAUGCGAAAGCGCUCUUCGAGGGCAGUACAGUGCUGCAAGAGGCUAUCGUUGAUCAUCUGACGGCAAAGCGAGAUGAGCUGCCCAUCGGCGGCUUGUCAAGAUCAGAGGCAGACGCUUUCUGGACAGUGUUGACGGCGAGCGAGGCGCCCAGCGCAGAUGAGGUGCGCGAUCUAACCCAUGCCAUUGGCGAGUCUAUCUUUGCCUGGAAUCCUGCCGCUGGAGUGAAGACGGAGGAAGGAUGCCCCUCACAACUGAAAGCAAGCGUGCAGACGAUCGCCGAAGCAGCAUUCGGUGGUACGGAGCGACCUCCAUGGACGACCUUCAUUCUCGAUCGGAUUACUGAGAGGCUCAUUCGUCGCGACUUGCACAUGUAA